AUGGCGCUGAUCGACGCGUACAAUCCAGAGGGCCACACGGCAUUACAUUCGGCAGUCAUCACGCAGAACGUCGAGUGUGCGCGCAUACUGCUCGAAUCGGGCGCCAGCAUAGAGGACAUAGCGCGCAACGGACGGACGCCGCUUACGCUGGCUAUUAUCCACAAUAGCCACGCGAUACAGAAGCUCUUUGUCGAUCGGCGCUUCAAAGGUCCCCAGGUGCUGGCCGUAAUAGCCGAGCACACGGACACAGAGACGAUGUCAAUCAUCGGAUUGUCUCUGCCGCUGAAGCUGUCUCUUAACCCAGCGGCGGACGGUUUCGCCGCCGGCCGCGAGAUCCUGCGGCAGCGGACGGACUACAACGAGAGGCUGGGCCACGCCUUCGAGGAGAUGUUGUCCUCCAUCUCCACAGCUAAGGAGGAUGCCGCCGCCUCCAAUGUCCGAUCCGGGCUGCUGGGCCACCUCUCUACGGAGCCGUCAUUUUGCGAGGAGCUAGCGGGGCAGUCGUGGUACUGA